AUGAAGCUUUUAGGUAAAAAAUUACUCCCAAAUCAACCGGGCACAAUCACAAUCAUACCAGAAAAACCAGAUGAUUUAUGGCUUUUAUUUAAUCUAAUUACCAAAGGUGAUAUCAUUUCUACCUCAACCACUCGCAAAAUCCAAAAUUCAUCAGAUUCAACAAACAAAAAGAACAAUUCUAGGGUUAAACUCGACCUAGAAAUUAAAAUCACAAAUCUCGAUUACGAAAAAAGCUCUUCAAUUAUUCGUCUACGUGGCAAAACAAUAACAUCAAACGAACAUGUUAAAUCAGGUGUUUUCCACACAUUGGAGUUGGAAAUUAAAAAGGAUUUCAAUUUAACGAAGGAGAUUUGGGAUGAAGAACAAAUAGGGAUUUUGAAAGACGGGUCGGGUCAAAACGGGUCAAAAUCUGAUUUAGGGAUAAUUUUGAUGAAGGAAGGGUUAGCUGAGAUUUUACUGAUCGGUAAAAAUUCAACAACUACUCACUGUUCGACAAUUCGAGGCGAUAAAAUGACGAAAAACACCUCGAAUUCGAAGAAAUUUUUCGAGAAUGUUUUCGUUUCGUUUAGGAAGUAUAUCGAUAUGGAUAUCGUACCUUAUGUUGUGAUCGCGAGUAAUGAGUCGAUAAAGGAUGAGUUCCGAGUUUACUUAUCGAAGAUAAAGUCGAUCGAGAGUAAAAAAUCGCGUAUUUUAAUGGUGAAUAAGAACAAUGUGAAGGAAAUUUUGACUGAUAAAGUUGUGAUGAAUGUGAUGAAGGGUACAAAGAGUGAAAUGAAUAUGAAGGUGUUGGAUGAGUUUAUGAAUUUGGUUGUAACAAAAUGUGAUAGGGCAUGUUAUGGUACAAAAAGUGUGGAAUAUGCACAUGAUUUGAUGGCAAUUGAGACACUUUUAAUUACUGAAGAAAUAUUGGAAAAUAAGGAUAUUAAGCUAAGGAAAAAGUAUUUAGGGUUAAAGAAAUCAGUGAAUGAAGCUGGUGGGAAAGUGGUACAAUUUAAUGAUGUUGAAGGACAUAGACUUGCUCAGAUGACUGGUGUUGCUGCAAUUUUGAGGUUUCCUAUACCUAAUCUUGAGGAUUUGGUUUUGUAA